AUGAACAAAGUAAGGUUCUGUUGGUGUAGUAGUUUAAAACUACGACCGUCGUUGCCAUUAGCUGUUGCAAUUGUUGCUCAUUUAUCAAUGCGUUUUUCCGGUAUUAAUGGUAUUAUGUAUUAUUCAACAGCUUUAUUUGAGCGUGCUAAUAUUGGAAAAAAUAGCUCAUACGCAACAAUUGGUGUCGGGUUUACUUCGAUUCUAAUGACAAUUUUGUCUGGAUAUUUAAUGGAUCGUGCUGGUCGUCGUACUUUACAUUUAAUUGGCCUAACAGGGACAUUUAUAUGUAGUGUAUUAAUAACAAUUACAUUUAUUUUUGCACAUUUAGCUGAUUGGUUAAAAUAUUUUUCAAUUACAUUUGUAUUUGCAUUUGUCACCUUUGUUGGUCUUGGUCCCGGAAAUGUCCCAUGGGUUAUUGUACCAGAAAUAUUUGCGCAAGGUGCUCGACCAGCCGCUACAAGUGUAGCAAUGGUAACUAACUGGUUAUCUAAUUUUACUGUGGGAUUAAUAUUUCCAUUAUUAGCUGAUAAUAUUCCACACUAUGUAUUUCUACCAUUUGCCAUUAUGACAUUAUUAGCAACCUUAUUUUUAUACAAAUAUUUACCAGAAACAAAGAAGCGAACAUUUGAAGAAAUAACAAUGUCAUUUAGGUCACAUAUGCGGCAAAACACAAAACAACUACAAUCAGAUUCUAAUAAUUAUCAAACACUUGAUAUUGCUUAG